UGGAUGAUAGAGACAGUCGUGGUUCUUCAGAACUUCAUUUGGAUCACAGACAGUCAGAAUGAAGUGUGUUGUUGUAGUGUUUCUGCUGCCGCUCCUGGGCCUGUUGCAUGCUGGGCCACUGCCCGAUGAGCCCGUCCUCCAGCCCCAAGAGAACUUUGAUGUGAACCGGUUCAUGGGCAAAUGGUAUGAUAUUGCGAUUGCGUCCACAUGCCCGUGGCUCAAGCGUCAUAAGGGAGACGCAGCCAUUGGCUCUUUGGAGCUGCAAUCCAGUGGCUCAACACAGACCAUCAGCAUGACCCACAUCAGCCGCAGACAUGACAGCUGUAAGUCCAUCAGUGGAGAAUAUCAGCUGACCAAAACACCUGGAAGAUUCCAUUACCACAAUGCCAAGUGGAAUGCUGAUGUGGACUCCUACGUGGUUCACACAAACUACGAUGAGUACGCUCUGGUGGUGAUGUAUAAACAAAAACCAGGCGGGGAAAAAACCACAUCUGUCAAACUCUACGGUAAAACAUCUGUUUUCUUCUUAUAUUAUAAUAAAAUGACCUGUGUGUGCGUGUGUGUAGAAGCGUGUAAGUCCCAGCCAGAUUCAGGUCCAUGUUUCGGGAUGUUGCAGCGCUACCAUUACAACUCAUCCAUCAUGGCCUGUCAGAUGUUCACCUAUGGAGGCUGCAUGGGGAACCAGAACAACUUUGUGACUGAAAAGGAGUGUCUGCAGAGCUGCCGCACUGAGGCCGCCUGCAGGCUGCCCAUGGAUGCUGGUCCUUGUAAAGUGUUCACAGACCUGUGGGCCUUCGACUCUGCCGCUGGAAAGUGUGUGUCUUUCAAAUAUGGAGGCUGCAAGGGUAAUGGCAAUAAAUUCUACAGCCAGAAGGAGUGUGAGGAGUACUGCGGCGUUAUGAUGAGAAAUGGAGAUGACGAGUUUCUCACAGUGAACUGAGUAUGGUGUGAAUGAAAAUGGAGCUGUGACUUUGUUUCAAACAGAAAAGUGCAACAUGGAUCAGUUUCCAACAGGCAUUAACUUCAACAUUAACACAAUAAAUAAAGACCUGUCCAAUGUA